AAACUGGCGCCGGCGGCGGUUGCGUUCCGCGGGCGGAAAGGAAGGGGGAGGUGGGAAGGCUGUGCGCCGCCCGCUCCUCCCCACCCCCCGCCUCGGCCCUGAAGGGGCUGGAUGGGCAAGUUGGGCGCGAUGGCUCGAGUCCGGGCGGCGGCGGCGGCGGCCGGAGGCGGCGGCGCCUCCUCCUCCUCGCCCCGGCGCCGGCGGUGAUCCGAACGAGCGGCCGCGGCCCCCGAUGAGACUGUUCGCGGGCUGGCUGUGCCUGAGCCUGGCGUCCGUGUGGCUGGCGCGGAGGAUGUGGACGCUGCGGAGCCCGCUCACCCGCUCCCUGUACGUGAACAUGACGAGCGGCCCCGGCGGGCCGGCGGCGGCCGCGGGCGGCAGGAAGGAGAACCACCAGUGGUACGUGUGCAACAGAGAGAAAUUAUGCGAAUCACUCCAGGCUGUCUUUGUUCAGAGCUAUCUUGAUCAAGGAACACAGAUCUUCUUAAACAACAGUAUUGAGAAAUCUGGCUGGCUAUUUAUCCAAUUAUAUCACUCUUUUGUGUCAUCUGUUUUUAGCCUGUUUAUGUCUAGAACAUCUAUCAAUGGGUUGCUAGGAAGAGGCUCAAUGUUUGUGUUUUCACCAGAUCAGUUUCAGAGACUGCUAAAAAUUAAUCCAGACUGGAAAACCCAUAGACUUCUUGAUUUAGGUGCUGGAGAUGGAGAAGUCACAAAAAUCAUGAGCCCUCAUUUUGAAGAGAUUUAUGCCACUGAGCUGUCUGAAACUAUGAUAUGGCAGCUUCAGAAGAAGAAAUACAGAGUGCUUGGUAUAAAUGAAUGGCAGAAUACAGGGUUCCAGUAUGAUGUCAUCAGCUGCUUGAAUUUGCUGGACCGCUGUGAUCAGCCCCUGACUUUGUUAAAAGAUAUCAGAAGCGUCUUGGAGCCCACUAGAGGCAGGGUUAUCCUUGCCCUGGUUUUACCCUUUCAUCCCUAUGUGGAAAACGUAGGUGGCAAGUGGGAGAAGCCAUCAGAAAUUUUAGAAAUCAAGGGACAGAACUGGGAAGAACAAGUGAAUAGUCUGCCUGAAGUUUUCAGAAAAGCUGGUUUUGUUAUUGAAGCUUUCACCAGACUACCGUACCUGUGCGAAGGCGACAUGUACAACGACUACUACGUUCUGGAUGAUGCUGUCUUUGUUCUCAAACCAGUAUAAACACGCGGAGGCCCAAGUCUUCAGAGCCCAACCCAAGAAUGUACACUUCAGAAGAGGGUCUGCGUUGGCGAUUCUGUAAAGGGAGGACCUCUGGGGACUGCCAUUCUAAAUAUCAUGUAGGAAUUUAAAGAGCCAAAAUACUAAUUAUUUCUUUGUAGUGUGUAAAAGGAAUGUUUUUAAAAAACAAAAACCCACCUCUUUGAGGAUUUUUAUCAGCUCUUUACUCAGUAAUACAGGCCACACUCCAAUUAUGGAAGAUAUUUUUUAUACUUAAUUGCAGUAGGGACUCAUUCUCAGUCAAAGCAAUAGUCAUGACUUCACAUGGAACCAAUAAAUAUGGAUUGUUUUUAAUAAAAUGAAGACUGGCAAUAAAGCUGUCCAUUCGAUUGCAAAUAUUUGGUUAUAAGGUAUAGCCACUGAUACUCUUUCAUGUUUAGAAAUUCUUUCUGUCAUUAUUCACAAAAUGUUUUUAAUCAUGCUAAUAAACUGUUUUGGAGAUGA